CGGGCGUCGGACGGAGCACACGCGUGUUGUGCGGCAGUCGCUACCACUCGUGCUACCUGUGAACCUGUGUCCUGUGUUAUACCUCUAAAAGUACGUAAACAAAUCACAUUAACUAGCAGUGUUGUCAAGUGUGCCGUGAGUGAGCAAGCGUAAGGACGGGCGCACACCCCGGCUAGCCGAGUGAUACUUAAUCCGUUGCAGUCAGGGCGCAAACAUUCCAGAUCGAACAGCAUGUAGUGAUUUGCGACUGCGAACAAGUGUGAACGCGUCCAAAAACAUGGCCGACCUGUACGAGAACGACGCGACCGUCGACGACGAUGUCGGCUACGAAUACGACACUACAAAGAUCCCGGAGAUCGUCACCCCGGAUGAGAUGAACGAGUCUGGCUACCAGGAGGGUUCGGAGCAGAGUUACGGGGACCGCCGCGAUUCUAAGGAGGGUUUCGGUGGGGAGGUCGAUUCGGACAGUGGUGUGGAUGGUGUGAGCAGUGGGUGUAGUACCGCUGAUGACUGCCCGGUGGUGUCCAUCAACGAUGUGGUGGCGUACUACGAUGACAUACGGCCUCGGAGGCGGUAUGUGCCGCAGUUGAACUUCUACAGUGUGGACAUCGAGAGGAUGGCGCUGGACGUCGCUAUUGCUCAGAGUGAAUCGAGCUACACGUCCUCGGAGGAGGGCUGCGGAGGCGGCGAGCGGCACGCGGUGCUGAGCUACGAGCAGGUGCGGCGCCUCAACGACGUCAUGGACGAGGUGGUGGCCAUCCACGGGCGCGGCAACUUCCCCACGCUGCACGUGCGCCUGCGCGAGCUCGUGGCCGGCGUGCGCGCGCGGCUUGAAGCAGCGCCCAGCGCGGGCGGCGCCGGCGUGGCCGUGCGCGACGUGCGCCUCAACGGCGGCGCCGCCUCCCACGUGCUCGCCGACCGCGCCCAGCCCUACUCCGACAUCGACCUCAUCUUCACCGCCGAGCUGCCCACGCACCGCCACUGCGACCGCGUCAAGGCCGCCGUGCUCGGCCACCUCGCCACGCUCAUGCCGCCCACCACGCCGCGCCGCCGCGCCAACCCCGCCGGCAUGAAGGAGGCCUACGUCUCCAAGAUGGUGCGCGUCAACUCCGACGGCGACCGCUGGUCGCUCAUCUCGCUCGGCAACUCGCGCGGCCACAAGUCCGUCGAGCUGAAGUUCGUGGACACGAUGCGCCGCCAGUUCGAGUUCUCCGUCGACUCGUUCCAGAUAGCGCUGGACUCGCUGCUGGCGUUCCACGAGUGCGCGCAGCUGCCGAUCGGGGAGAACUUCUACCCGACCGUCGUUGGGGAAUCCGUGUACGGAGACUUUGGAGAGGCGUUGCUGCACCUGUCAGAGAAGCUGAUCGCGACGCGGCAGCCCGAGGAGAUCCGCGGCGGCGGGCUGCUGAAGUACUGCGCGCUGCUGGCCAAGGGCUACCGGCCGGCGCGGCCGGACAAAAUCAAAACCCUCGAGCGCUACAUGUGCUCGAGGUUCUUCAUCGACUUCCCGGAGCUGGGCCAGCAGCGCGCCAAGCUCGAGGCCUACCUGCGGAAUCACUUCGUCGGCCGGGAUGAAGAGACGCUCAAGCCCAGGUACCUGAACCUCCUGCACGGCGUGGUGCGGGAGUCGACGGUGUGCCUGAUGGGGCACGAGCGGCGGCAGACGCUGGCGCUCAUCGAGGCGCUGGCGUGCCGCGAGCUGUGCGCGCGCACGCUCGUGCUGCCGGGCUACGUGCUCGCGUGCGGCGUGUGCGCGGCGUGCCCCGUGUGCCCCGCGUGCCCCGCCUGCGCCGCCGCCGCCGCCGCGCCCUGCUGCGACUGCUACCGGCCGGCGCUGUGCCCCGCGUGACCCAGCGCGACCGCCCUCACGCCCACGAAUCGACGAUGAAUUUAGUGCCAAAUGUAUAUAAUACAAAUAAAAUAUAUCUGUACGAUUCCCAGCUGUACUAGCGAGUGUGACUUUGUGAUUCUAACGCUUCGUAUCGAGCCGUGUUCGCGGUUCGGCUGAUGCGAGUGCGGUGUUCGCCGAUUGAGCAGCAUGGAGUGUUAUGGUUGAUGAGUGACGAUUGGUGGAUCAGGGAGAUUAUUUGAUGGCAAGUACACGGCACGCUCAGUUUUGUUCACACGCAGCGGGCUUCAAAUAUGGAACUGCACUAAGCUUAUGAGUUGGAACCGAGUGGCCGCUCACUACCGCUUGACACUCGCACUCGCAACAGGCCAGGCGCGAACACGGCUCACCUCUCGGCCCGUUUUUCUUUCGGCGGAGGGCGGGUCGGACCGAUCACGAUUAAGACGCGGACUCUGUCAAUUCGCAUUGCUCACUCUACACGAUCAAUUCGCACGUCAAUUGUCGCCGGCUCCGCUCGACUCCGCGCCGCGCUCGCCCGCGCCGCUCGUGAAAUAAUUUCUAGUCGUACUCCUUUCGUGUUGAUAACUUAAUAUGUUAGCAGUACGAAAAUUAUUAUUCACGCGAUUAAAUAAAUUAUAAAACGGACGCGCCGUAAGUAAGUCCGAGUCGAUGGUCUGCCUAUAAAAAAGACUAGUUAGUUAUUUUUAAGCUUUUUUUAUUAUUAAUAAUUAUGUCUCCAUAAAAGUAGUGGCAUGUCUCUCGCAGUCAAAAUCACAAGAUUUGGGUUAUUCUCGUUUGGAUGCACCGUUGAACGCAUGAUUAUUUUUAAUUGGCUUGUGCACCGAAGCAAGUAUCGCGCUAAUUGUAACCAAAUGGAAGAUUUGUAUAUUUUUGCAAACGAAAUUUUGUAGUAAAAGAAACAAGUCCGGCCUUGUCCGAUGGCCUUUACGCGAGAAAUUCCGUUCUAUUUGAAUACAACGCGAUCGCAACGACCGCAGGCCGCGCGGCCGCCCGCAACUCUGUUCCUAUGGGGAUAUAAAGAACUAUUUUACUACGUAUUUAUUAAAUCUCAAAGGAUGUAUGUAUACACUUCUCUUUUUCGUGAUCGCUCUAGUAUUGUAUACGGCUUGGCAUACGAAGUAACAAAUUAAGAUAAAUAUAAACAUAAAAACAUAAAACCCAAAAAAAUAUUUAGAACUAAGGUGUGUACAAUAUUAAAGUUCACUCUUAAUAAUAAUGAUAAAACUAUAUAAAUAUUUUAAGAACAUUUACAAGUAGCAGUCAUGUUAGUAACAGAGUACUUAUGA